AUGGAAGAAGUAACAGUAGUGAUAAUAGGGGCUGGACCUUCUGGACUUGCAACUUCUGUAUGCCUAAACAACCUUUCCAUCCCUAAUGUAAUCUUGGAAAGAGAGGAUUGCCAUUCUUCUCUGUGGAAAAAAAGGUCUUAUGAUUGCCUUAAACUCCAUCUGGGAAAGGAAUUCUCUUUCCUUCCCUACAUGCCACAUCCAUCAACCACCCCAACCUUUAUGACUAAGAAUAGUUUCAUCCAAUAUAUGGAUGAAUAUGUAUCCCAUUUUAACCUUUGCCCAAGGUAUUGUAGGACAGUUGAAUCAGCUUUUUAUGACAAAGCCAGUGGACAAUGGAAUGUUGUUGCUAAGAACAAGGUGUCCAAUGAGGAUGAAGUAUAUCUAGCCAUGUUCUUGGUGGUGGCAACUGGGGAAAACAGCCAAGGUUAUAUCCCUGAGUUUCCUGGUCUAGACAGCUUUAGGGGGAGUUUUAUCCACUCUAGCCAAUACAAAUCAGGGAGAGAAUAUGUUGGUAAGGAUGUUUUGGUUGUUGGGUCUGGGAACUCUGGCAUGGAAAUUGCCUUCAAUCUUGCCUAUUUUGGAGCAAAAACAUCCAUAGUUGUUCAGAGUCCGGUUCAUGUUCUCUCUCGAGAGAUGGUGUAUUUGGGGAUGAAUCUAUUGAAGUUCCUUCCAAUGUUUUUCGUGGACAAUUUGGUGACCAUGCUUUCCAAAUUGCAGUAUGGGGACUUAUCAAGAUAUGGGAUUGUUAGACCUAAAAAGGGUCCAUUUCAUCUCAAACAAACCACUGGAAGAUCUCCUGUUUUAGAUGUUGGAACAAUGGAUUUGAUCGUGAAUAAAGAUAUCAAGGUUUUCCCAAGGAUUUCGAGAAUUGAAGGAACCAAUGUGACAUUUGAGAACGACAAAGUGUGGAAAUUUGAUGAUAUAAUUUUUGCCACUGGAUUCAAGACCACAAUCAAGGACUGGCUUGAGGUGGAUGGUGACCUCUUAAAUGAUAACGGGAUGCCUAAGACACCUUUUCCCAACCAAUGGAAAGGGAAGAAUGGUCUUUACUUUGCUGGGUUUUCAAGUAGAGGUCUUGCAGGGGUGUCCAUGGAUGCAGAGAACAUAGCUGAGGAUAUAAACAUGGCAUUUGGUCAUAACAAGAAAAAGUGGUUCUAA